GUAAGAGUUCUCUUCUUGAAGCUCUUCUUGGUUUCCGAUUUAAUGUUCGUGAAGUUGAAAUGGGACCUCGUAGACCUCUCAUUCUUCAAAUGGUACACGAUGAUUCUGCUGUUGAGCCUCGUUGUCGAUUCCAGGAAGAGGAUUCUGAAAAAUAUGGAAAUCCGGUUUCAUCAGCAUCUAAGAUUGCUGACACUAAUAAAACGAGGACAGAGGCUCUUUUGAACAAGACUAAAACCACAGUUUCUUCUAAGCUGAUUGUCAUGAGAACUGAGUAUGCACAUGGUCCCAAUCUCACUAUUAUUGACACUCCUGGAUUUAUUCUUAUGGCAAAAAAGGGUGAACCAGAAAAUACACCUGAGGAAAUCCUAUCGAUAUACGCUGCAACCGAAAACGUAGAGAACUUCAUUUACGGAAGUGAAGGUGUGUCUUAUCAUCGCAUGUUGGAGAUUAUGGAAGAUGACGCCAUGGAUGGUUUUGUACUUACAACUACAACACAAAUUAAAGAUGAAGAUAUGAUAUAAAAACUAAAUCUACCCAAGAAUUUUGCAAACGAGGUCGAAGAACUGAUAAUCAGGAAUGGGAGAUCGAGUCUCUACACCACUGGUGGCGUAGUGGUGGAUAACAAACUCAAAGAACGUACUAUGAGACUUCGACUCGGUAAAGAAAGUUUAGUGCUAUCAGAUGGCUUCUGCCACCAAAACUGCUUUAACGAGGGCGCAACUGUCAGCUAUAGACAGAUUGGGACCGAUAAGAUCAGUCUUUCCUUUUUCAUGUAGCAGAGGUGAGUUGUGGAUCACCUUCAUCUUCAUCUUCAUCAUCUUUUCACUUUCCUAUUACUGCAGCUUUUUUAAUCUAUUCAUCAUCUUCAUCUUCAUCAUCUCAAUCUUUUAUAACAUCAACUAUUGGUUAUCACAUAAUCCCACAACAACUCCCUUUCUCUCUUCUUCAAACAUUUGCAAUAGGUUCAAGAAUCCCAACUCUAUUACCAGAAAAAACAAUUCUUAUAACCAAUAAUCGAAUUAAAGAAUUGAUGAAAUUCGAAUCACAUAUCCUGAUUUGUACAUCAACGGAGCUGUUGUUGUGCACGGUAUUAAAUCUAAUUUGAAUUACACUGCUUUUGGUGCUGCUAAUGCUAAAGAUGAUGAUCAUGACCAUUUUUCUGAUAAUGAUGAUGAUGAUAACAAUAAGAAGAAUGAAACUACUAGUAGUACAGUAGAACAAGGAAUUGGAGGAGAAAGGGUUUUCCUGGGUAUCUCUUUGAUUAUGAUCUACACUUGUUUCUCGAGUUAGCAUUGCCUUCAAAUAUUUAUGUUUCUGAAAUUGGUCAUAUCUUUAGAAUAAGGGAGCGUUUCUUUGAAGCUUUCAGUGUAAUUGUACUUCAGUAUGGUUUUUCAGAGGUAGUCUUAGAUCUUGGGGUCUCUGUCACUUCCGAGUCCUGUAAUUGGGGUUUUACUUUCUUGA